CCGCCGCCGUCCCUGAGCCACAGCCAGCGCCGCCGUCGCCGUCUCCGACUCGGCUCGUCCGGCCCCGCCGCGCCGCCGCCGCCGCCGCCGCCAUGCCCCGGGGGAGCCGCAGCGUGGCCUCGCGGCCAGCCAGCCGCCCCGCCGCGCCCUCUGCCGCGCACCCACCUGCGCACCCGCCGCCCUCGGCCGCGGCCCCGGCGCCCGCCCCGUCGGGCCAGCCCGGCCUGAUGGCGCAGAUGGCGACCACCGCCGCCGGAGUGGCCGUGGGCUCGGCUGUGGGCCACGUCGUGGGCAGCGCUCUGACCGGAGCCUUCAGUGGGGGCAGCUCAGAGCCCGCCCAGCCUGCGGUCCAGCAGGCCCCGGAGCGCGCCGCCCCGCAGCCCCUGCAGAUGGGGCCCUGCGCCUAUGAGAUCAGGCAGUUCCUGGACUGCUCCACCACCCAGAGCGACCUGACCCUGUGUGAGGGCUUCAGCGAGGCCCUGAAGCAGUGCAAGUACAACCACGGUCUGAGCUCCCUGCCCUAAGAGACCAGAGCAGAUUGGGUGGCCAGCCCUGCACCCACCUGCACCCCCCUCCCACCGACAGCCGGACCAUGACGUCAGAUUGUACCCACCGAGCUGGGACCCAGAGUGAGGAGGGGGUCCCUCACCCCACAGAUGACCUGGGAUGAAAACGUGCAAUUAAAAGCCUUUAUUUUAGCCGAA